CGGUCUCGGGGCGGUGGCGUCAGGUCAGCAGCGUUCGGUUCGGACCUCCGGGUCUGCGGGAGAACGGUCACGUGCUUCAGCGCGCUCCAGUGAUGCUGAACGUACUGCUUCUGGCCAUGACCGUGACCCUGCAUUUGGCACGCGGCGCGCCGGCCGCGUCCGUGUCGAGUCGACCGGAGGGUCGCCCGGCCGCGCCGAGCCGGUCCGACCCGGUCCUGGACGCCGUCCGGCCGGCAGGCACGGACAGCCGAGCCGGCGGCGAGCGGCACGAGGCGGGCCCCGAGCCCGGCCCGCCCGGGUACAGGACCAGACGAGAGGUGUUGGACUCUCUGCGGCAUCUCCGCCGGCUGCGCCACGCCUCCGUGUCCUCCAGCCCCAGCCUGUCCAUCAUCAACCCGCUGGACGUGCUCCGGCGGCGAGUCAUGCUCGAGAUGCUGCGUCGCAGGAUCCGCAAGAACAGGCUGCAGAUCAGCAAGAAUUCAGACAUUCUUGCAAGAAAGGGAAAGCGCAGCACCAGAACGCAGCUUGCAUCGAAUAACAACCUCAGCGAGGGCCCCAGGAGAUUUGAGUCGAGCCAGAGACAAUCGGAGCUCUCCUGAGUCUCGUCACGUUAGGUCGGAGAAAGAAAGGCUAGAAGCCAAUGAUCUCAGAAGCGCAGAAUAAUAACUUCUCGCGCAUCAACCUGUCUUCAGUAUUCGUCGUUCUCCAUGCACGACACGAGAGUGGCUGGUUCCCUUCUCGUCACGACUGCAGCGACUGGGCCAUCAGGCCCAGGACCGUCGCUCACCAGAUACCGCGCUCAGGGCACAGGCCGCUCGUCGCGGUGUCCGGCGAAACGCUGACGGCCGGGUGGUCUCUGCAUUGAGAGCGGAUGACGGCCGCCGAGGGCGGCGAGACGGCCGUCGUGCGAGUGAACUGUUGCAUCAUCGGUGCGUUUUCCCACUGGACGUGUUGAUCACAUCUCCCGGUGCCACCAAACGCUGUUUAUUUCAGUUGACAUCGUUACGACGUAAGCCGUUGCGUUGGCAUCGUUGAGGCGUAAGCCGUUGCGUUGACAUCGACAAGGCGUAAGCCGUUGCGUUGACACCGUUACGGCGUAAGCCGUUGCGUCGGCAUCGCUGAGGCGUGAGCCGUUGCGUUGACAUCGUCUAGGCGUGAGUCGUUGCUAAUGAAUGAAAUCGGCCAACAGCGGAGCUGUGAGGUUCCCCACCAAUCGCGUAUUAACCUCAUUUUGUGAGGAGGCGGACGUCUCUAAGUUGUUUACGUGAUACUUUCCAUCGUUUGAAUAGGUUGCUAUAUUUAUUUUCCUAUUUAAGCGCACGAGUGCGCAUCGAGCUUCGUGGCUAGGCAUGUGUAAUGUUUUUUUUCAGAAAAUAUGAUGCUCAGACAAAGCAGUGAUGCAUUUUUUGUUUUGUUUGGCACCAGUGGAGAACGAAUCCUCUCGCCCGGCACACUUCCACGAAGUAAAAGGCAAGCAGACAUGCGGCAAUCGGUUCCAAUGUGACAAACCUCCUACAGCCAUGCAUGAUGACGAGAUACAUGAAGAAUUAAAGCAGGAGUGAGAAACCGUGCUGCUUCGGACCAGCGAAUUUCAGUUCUGAAUGCAAAAAUAUGUAUGCUGUUUAUAAGGGAACUCGGCCCCCCAAAAUAUGCUUCAUACCAUAGAAAUUUGAAGGUAUUUCAUAAUUCGGCACAUUGUCCUGUCUUCAGCCAUUGGCCUCUUACGCCGCAACGUUUCUGAGCUAUGCACCGGUACGCGGUGAAACAAUAGGUCAUACUAAUGUGCACACUCAUGGGGGACGAGGGUCCACGACCCGCUGUGUGUUAAACUGGCUACCAUUCGAUCUCGCUUAACAUGCUUCAUGCACGAACAGGCCAUUGUCUCUCUGGGUCAUGGAAUGAACUGGAUAUGU